UACUAUAUAUUCCACAUGAAUAUUUAACCGGUGACCAACACCACAGAUAGACAAUCUUAAUUACUAAAACUCUAAUUCCUUCUAAACGUUGCAUUACUAACAUUUUUUGCGCACCAAUUACCAUGGCUUUCGAACUUGAAAAUAUCAUUCUACAACUGUUCACUCCCGACAGUGAUGUUGUUAAGAAGGCAACUGAUGAAAUGAAACUAUUAAUGAAAAAUCAAGAUAUUGUACCUUUAUUUUGUCAAAUUCUUGGUACUUGUGAAAAAUCUCAGGUUCGACAAUAUGCUGCUGUCCUGUUAAGAAGGAAGAUACAAAGAAAACAUCAGUAUUUUAACCUGUCUGAAGAUAUACGUAAAAACAUUAGAGGAAACAUUCUCCAGUUGUUUCUUCAAGAAACAGAGAAAUGUGUGCAGACAGCAAUUGCUCAGAUUAUUGCCACCGUUGCUAAGCAUGAAUUGCCCAACCAAAAUUGGCCCGAAUUUUUCAGUUUUAUUUUGGAAUAUUCUCGGAACCAUAAUCCCCGGCAUAGGGAGAUAGGGAUAUUUCUGAUGCAUAAAGUAGCAGCCAUGGCAACAGAACAAUUGAAAGUACAUCUUAUAUCUGUUUUGGAACUAUUAUCAGAAGCACUUUUGGAUCAAGAGACCCUAAUGGUGCCCUAUUUUGCAAUUCUCACUCUCUCAGAACUUGUCAUCAUAACUGGUGAUGAUGAAAUGAAACAAGUACAGAAACUUAUUCCUCCUGUGAUAGAUGUUGUAAAGAAAUUGCUUGCUGAAAAUCAAGAAUGGGCAUGCGAAAGCAUGGAAUUAUUUGACAGUCUGCUUGAAUUUGAAGUAGCAAUUGUUGUCCCCUAUUUGAAAAAUCUUGUGCAACUCUGUUUAGAGAUAAUACCCAGGAAAGAUUUGGAAAAUAUGAUUAGAGUGAAAGCAAUGAGCACCAUUAAGCUCCUUAUAACCUUGAAAAAGAAGGCUAUUCUGAAAAAGAAUUUCAAUGUGUUGAUUAUGAAUGUAAUAUUUGAAGAGAUUUGUGCUGAAACGGAUGACGAGUUUGAUAUUAUGGAAGAAAAUGACGAAGAAGCAGAUACACCAACCAGAUAUGCUGCUCAGGUUAUUGAUACUUUAGCUUUACAUUUACCACCAGAAAAAGUUAUUUCCAAAUUGCUUCCAUUGGUAGAAAAUGCUUUGAAAAGCCCAGAUAAAUUCCGUCGAAGAGCAGCUUACACAAGUCUCGCGAUGAUUGCAGAAGGUUGCAGCGAAUAUAUCAUUAACAACCAUCUUCAGGCAUUUGUUAGUUGUGUAUGUCAAGGAAUGGAAGAUAAUGAAGGGUGUGUGAAGAAUGCGGCCUUUUUUGCACUUGGAAGGUUUGCUGAAUAUCUUCAGCCUGAAAUCAACAAUAUGGCACCACAUCUUCUUCCUUUGCUUUUUAACAAUCUGUUAAAGACACUUCAAGAGAACCCUCAAAAUAUCAAUGGCCUCACAAAAACUUAUUAUGCUCUGGAGAGAAUCUGUGAGAAUCUUGGUGAAGCUAUUCUUCCUUUCUUACCGGAUAUUAUGGAUCAUCUGAUGAAUGUAUUGAAGACAUCAUCCAGCUUAAAAACCAAAGAAGUUGCAGUCAGUGUUAUUGGAGCAGUUGCCAAUGCUGCUGGUCAAGGAAUGCAGCCAUAUUUUCAGACGGUACUCAAUGAUGUUAAUGAGAUUCUCAACAUAGACAAUGAAGACUUUCUUACGUUACAUGUACAAGCUAUCGAUACAUUAGCUGUACUGGCCCGGAACAUUGAUAGCAAUGAGUUUCUUCCAAUUGCUGAUAAUGUAAUGCAAAUGGGAGUGCAUCUCAUUGAACAGAAAGAUGACCCAGACUUGAGGCGAUGUGUAUAUGGACUGUUUGCUUCAAUGUCUGUUUUACUGAAAGAUGAAAUGGCUAAAUAUCUUCCAGAAAUAGUUCCUAUUAUUCUAAGUUCUGUGAAGUCUUCAGAGGGUGUACAGCUUCAAUACAAAGAGGAUGUUGAUGAUAUUUCCACUGCCAAUUUUAUUGAUAUUGAUGAUGAUGAAAAUACGGAAGAGAACUUAGGAGAUCAGGACACUGAAUCUGAAGAUGAGGAAGAAAAAUUAUACGUAAUUCAAGUUGAAAAUUCAUUUGUUGAUGAAAAAGCUGAUGCUUGCACAGUGUUAGGUGACCUUGCUGUUAAUAUUGGCACGGUUUUCAUGCCAUACCUGCAAAACUGCUAUGAUGCUGUCACUCAAGUAUUAGUCUAUCCUUUAGCUCAAGUCCGUAAAGCUGUCGUUACAACACUUGCACAGUUUUGUUUAAGUCUUCAUCAAGUUUUUCAAAAGACAAAUAACUUGGAAUCACAAGAAGUGUUGUCUGGUAUGAUCAAAACGGUUGUACCAAUGCUUUUAGAACGUAUCAAAGAAGAUAAUGACCGGAUGACUGUGACAGCUGCUGUGGAUGCUUUAGUAGAGCUACUUACCAAGAUAGGAUCACCAUAUAUGUGUGAAGAUGGUAUGAUUGAUUCCAUUUUGACCAGAACUCGAGAAGUCUUUUCUCAUCAGACAACUUGUCAAGAUGAUAAUGAUGAUGAUGACGAUGGUGAAGAGGAGGACCAAGAAGCUGAAUAUGAUGCGUAUCUUGUAGAAUCUGCUGGAGAAAUAUUGCCUGCCACGGCUAAAUUAAUUGGUGGAAAAGCUUUCAUGCCAUAUUUUGAGUCUUUUAUACCGGAUCUCCUGAAAAAACUGAAAAGUCACAACUCUAUUGCUGACCGAUCUUUUGCAAUUGGUACUCUUGCUGAAACUCUUGAAGCUUGUGGGGAGGCAUCUGCUGGUCUGACUUCUCAGUUCUACCCAAUCUUUAUGAAAAUUACCAGAGAUCCUGAUAGUGAGGUUCGAAAUAAUGCUGUGUUUGCUCUUGGGGUCAUUAUUUCAAACGGUGGAAGUGCUCUCCAAAAUGAUCUGCUGAAUAUAUUAACGGAAUUGUUUACUCUUCUUCAAAAUGAAAGCUGUGAUUUGGUAAAGGAUAACAUUUGUGGUACUGUCUGUCGAAUCAUUAAUCAGAAACCUGAUGGAUUACCACUUGAACAGGUGUUACCUGUGAUUAUUCAAUGUUUACCUUUAAAAGAAGAUUUUGAAGAGAAUACCACUGUUUUCCAAAGUUUACUAUCAUUGUUUGCCCAAGGACACCCACAGCUAAUUGUAAUGUUGCCAGAAUUGUUGAAAGUUAUAGCAGAAGUGCUGGGAACCACACAAAUUAAUAAAGAAACUGAAUCAUUGCUGGUCCAAUUUGUGAAAAAUGUUCAUGCCUCAUACCCUGAUGCUUUAGAGAAGGCAAAGUUGACUAUCUCUGCUGAGCUUGGAGCAAAACUAAAUACUUGUGGUUUGAUGACCUGACUCUGUAGUCAUCCAUCCCUUUUUUGUAAACACCGGGCAAUACAACUGCCUUCACUAUCUUAUCACAGAAUGUGAUGAAUGUUCCCUUUGCAGCUUUCCAGCAAGUUUUUGUUUUGUCUAUUUUUUUUUAUUUUCAUUAAAUUUGAAGUUUCAGAAUUUAAAUUUUUAUGUUUAUUUUGGCAGUAUUAUUAUUUAUUAUAGAGUUAGUUCAUUUCUCAGAGAAGUAGUAUUCUCACAUAAUGGAAGAUUUCUUUCUCUUGAAUACUUACUACAAAUAUGUUUACUUUAAACCAAGAGGAAAACCUGAAUUUUGUUUUGUUUUUGUUUGAACAUUUUAUUUAUUUCUGUUAGUAGACUCUGGCAUGUAUGUUCAGGUGAAUUUGUAAUUCUUUCAGAAUACAAUUAAAUUUCAUGACUGAACUAAAAAUACAUUUUUCUUAGAAACGACUACCUCAGUCUCUCGCCUGUCUACACAAGAGGAUAAUUUCUUUUGGCUGAGUAAAUACUGGAUGAGCAGUUAACUGUUGUGCUUAUAAAGAUUUAUGGCACAGUGUCUCGGUCAAAGAAAUAAACUUUUUAUAUCCCAACAUUGGUGAGUGUGUAAUGGUAAAUCGUUUCUCUAUACAUAAGGUUUUGGUUGUGUUUUGUUUCUCAGUAUGGGAAUUAAAACUGGAUUAAAGUUUAACUUUGUGUCUUUAUAAUGGACUUUUACAUGACAUUUUGAAAACUACUGCAAACCUACUUUGAUGGAAGGGAAGGAAAAUACUCCCAGAGAAUUUUGCUUUUUCUGAUUGAAUCUUGUUUGCUGGCUUCAUCAAGCUUAGAUACAGGUUCCUGUAUACCAUCUGAAGUUUGUUGCUAUGCCUUCUGACUGCUUGUGGAUAUCUUAAUCACACUUAAUAAGCAGCAUUUGUCUGAACAAAACUUGAGUAAUUUGAUAAGAAUCUGCUUACUCCCCCCAGCAACACUAAUGGUAAAUUAGUUGACAACAGCAGCAUCAGCAUCAGCAUCUGUGGCUACUUUUAAUGGUGUUUAAUUUUGUUCACAUUUAGAAAAUUGUACUUUCACAAUUUUUCCUAUUGGAACAUAUUUCUAAUGUACUCUUGCACUUGAGUAACAACAACUGCUCAAUAUUGGGACGUAUCUUGUCUGAUAUUAGCAAGGUUUCAGUUUUUAUUUAAUUUCAAAACUACUAAAUUUAAUAGGGUUAUCUGUUAACAUAAAAGCAAGAUCUCUAUUUGCUUUGGCUAGUUUUACUUUACUCUGUGCUGGUAUCUCCACAAGUGUUCCCUUGUUGAGUAUUCAGAACCAUGAGUCUGUUGAUACAUUUGCACUGCUACAGUUUAGUGAACGUAAUUGCUUUGUGAGUCACUUUCAAUCAAAUGAAAAGUGACUGACCUAGUAAAGGGGAAAAAACGAAUUGUCUCAACCAUUAUAUAUACCAAUCCAUCCAUAUUGAACAUAAAAAUAUAUGGUACUUCACAGAGGUUGCAUUAAAUGAUGUUAAUAAAAUGCUAUUGAUUUUCUCUUCUUCUGCCUCUCCAAUGAAUGUUUUCAGUGUUGUAACUUGAUUUUUUUUUUUUUUAACCUUUCAAAAUGUUUGUAACUUCAUAAAGCGGCAGUUAAAAAUUGUGUAUAUUGAAUAUUUUCUAAGAUUUGUAUCUUUGUAUUGUUUGCUGCAAGUAAAUUAUUUAACUGUGGUUAUGUGUUUCUUUCAGAUUAUUCAAAUUUACAUAAAAAGAAUUGUAAGAUCUUAAAUCUUUUUUUUUUUUUCAUUUCCUGACAAUUUAGUAUAAUGCUGUAUUAUAUCAGAACAUGUAAACAUUUUUUAAAAAAUUUUUUCACCAUUUAAAUGAGAUAAUGAAAUAUAUUUAUACCCAUAUAUUUUUCUAGAACUUUUAAAUCUAUAUUCAGAAUAAAUACAUGUCAUUGGGGUGAAGAUAUUGACAUAUUAGUUUGCUGCAAUAGAAAUAUGUAGUUGAACCCUUAAUUGAUUGAAGAUUCACUUUCUGAUAAAGGUCUCAGAAUUAUUUGGGUGAUGACUAUAUGGCAUUUGUGUGCCAAAGGAUUCAGAAUAGAUGCUAUUUUUGUUCUUCUAGUUCUCUUUGCUGACAUAAUUUUUUUUUAUAUAAUUUAGUUUGUUAUAGGAAGAAUUCUAAGAAAGCAAAGUAAGUGAAAUAUUUAUUCUUGGCAAAAACUUACUGUUAUUUUAUGAGAUUCAAAACAAUUCUUAUGCUUUGUUUUUCUUAAUUUAGAAAUGUUAUUCUUUUAAGUUGGGUGACAUUUGUUGUGAGAAUAUAUUUAUUAUUGGUAGAUUUGUUCUAUCAGUAUACUGCAACCUAUCUUACUCUGAUGCAACCAACAAUAAAUGCAAGAUAUUCUAGGUGUUUAUAUAUGAGAUUUUCAAACCCUAUCUUUUAGUCAUUGUUUUAAGUUCAAAUCCUUCCAAGUCAGUUUUGCUUUUCAUCCCUUCAGGAUCAAUAAAAUAAAAUACCAGCAAAGUGUUGGAUCAAUUUAACUGCCUGUUCCCCAUCCCCAAUUUCUGGCUUUCUGACUGUGUUAGAAACAAUUAUUUCUUUUUUUUUUUUUUUUCUUCAAACAAACUGCCAAGCUUCAACAAAAGGUCUCAGACAGAAAAUAGUUUUGUGAGAAUAUGAGCUGUUCCAAAGAGUAAAUUCUGGGAGCAUUCACACAUUUGUCCUGAUGUCCAACUGUUCCAGGUGGCAAUAUUUUUUUUUUUUUUUUCAGUAUUAACCCUAAUGCUUCACUUAUAACUGCUGCAACUUUAACUUUUGCUGCUGGGCAUUCUUGCAUAUUUCUAUUUAUAAUUUCACAUAUUUUGAUAUCUUUUCUACUUCUUUGUCUACGAUAUUUUUGUCUGAAGGAAUUGCCUCUUUUAUGAAAUAUUCUUUUCCCACCCGAAGUCAUCUACAAUAUCUAGUCUACGGUGUUCAGUUAUUCUAUGUUUGGAUGUCAUAGUCCCAUAGAAUCUUUGAUUUACCAUUGUCAUUUAGAGCUGUUUCUGGUACAUGAUUAUACUACUAGUCUGAAGUGUUAUAUCCAAAUUUCUUUACAAAAAGAACUCAAUUUGUCACUUGUAUUUUUUCUCGGCUAAAAUUAUACAGCUUGCUACAAUAUAUUUUCUACUUGCCCAUUAAGUUGCUUUGCUAUUAUUAUAGGGCAAUGGAUUGGCAGAAUCAUUAAAAUGUCUGGCGGAAUGUCUUGUAUUUAGAUACAGUUCAUUACCUUCUGAGUUCAAAUCCUGCCAGGGUUAACUUUGCCUUCAAUCUUCUCUGGUCAAUAGAAUAAAGUACUCAUAACUUCCUUGGGUUAGUAAACUUGACUAAUUCUCUUCCCUUCCAAUUUGAAGCCUUUUGCCUAUGUUAAAACUAAUGUGUGUGAUGGAAUAGCAGAAACUAUAGAGCACCUGACUGAAUAGCUUAGAAUAUUUAGUUUCAUCUCCUCUACUUUCUGAUUCAAAAUCGUAUCAGUGUUGACUUGCUUUCGUCUAACUAGUAGCAAUAAAAUAUCAGUCAUCUGUUGGGAUUAUUUAGCUGACCUCCUCCUCCCACCAGUUGCAGCCUUGUGCCAAUGUAAAAAUUAUUAUAACAGGGAGCUGGCAAAUUAUAUUGGUGCUUUAGUAGUGCAGACAAAAUGUCUAUAGUUGAUUAAAUUUAGAUUAAAUAAUCUCCGUCCAUUGUAAAGAAUGAAGUAUUGGUUAAAUAAAAUUCUAAAUUAACUUAGUAAUGUCAGCUUGUUUAUGUUACUAUUUGAGACACUUUUUCUCUUGGGAGAAAAUAAUAUAUUAACUUAAUCUGAUCAAGGACAUCAUUGCAGAAACUAGAUAUAUAGAAAAAAUUCAGUUAAAUAUAUAUUUAAGACAAUCGGUUUUCAUUGCAGUUUCUCAUAACAUGUAAGAAAUUCUAAGUGUAUCUAUGCAGAUUUUAUUCACCUGAACAAACCAGUCAUUAGAUAUUAUGUUCUGCUGUUCAUUUUGGUAUAGUAAGAGACUUGAAAUUUUGUGACCUUACUUUUAAAAAGGAAUUAUAAUUUUCGUUUUAAUUUGAAUUAAGAUGUAAGUAUCUAAAUAUGCUUGGUAUAUUUGGCAAGUCUUGGCAAACAACUUCUCAGGAAAUUUUUGGUGCUAUGAUUACUUUUUUUUUUUUUGUUUAAAUCUUUGUCAAUAAUAAAUAUGGGAAUUUUGAAAAUAAGUCAUUUUUUUUUUUUUAUUCUUUGUUGGAAAAGAGAAUUUCAAACCCCUUCCACUUACUAUAACUAAGUUUCUGUUCUAAUCACAAUUCUUUUACUUCAUAGAUGUAUUACUGUUUAGGUAAUAAUGAAUUAAUGAUUAUAGAAAGUCUAUUUUCAGUUUCAUAAUAAUAGACAUGCUUGGCUGCUGUUAGUUUUUGAUGACAACAAUGAGAAAUAUUUUGUUUGUAUUGCUUCUGUUAGUUACUUCACAUAAUCAGGAUAGGAGAGAUGGCUUUAGCAAUUAAAUGUUUUACUAGAACUAGUUCAAAACCCUCACCCUCUUCACUUGAAGGUCCCACUGGAAAUGACUUUGCCUUUCAUUCAUCUUGGGUCAAUUUAGCUAAUUUCAAUUUUGCAAAACAAUGGCCUUAUGCCAAUUUAUAUUUUAAAAAAUGGCAAUAUUUAGUUAUAAAUGCUGACCAAUUUCUUUGUUUUUCAAGUAAUGGUUGCCUAAUAUUAUAUCUUUGUAUUUUGUUGAAAAAAAAAAAUUGUACAGUACCUUUGACCUUCUGAAUCUCAUCCACCUGCGAAUAUAUUUUGGGCUCAUGUUUAACAAGUUUUUUUUUUUCUUCCCCAAUAUAUGUUGUUCUUCAUUUUUGUUUCAAAACCUAUUUUCUCAAACUGCCGGAAGUUAUUUUCAUUUAUUUUCCAAUGGAAAAAAAUUAUUUUCGGCUUAAUAUGUUUUCUUUAUUUUUUGGUUUUGAACAUUGCAAAAAAAUAAAUAAUUGUGAUUAAUUUCAUCUUUAAACAAAAACAUUUGUGAGAAUUAUCUGAAGUCAUUUAUAUUCUUCAAAUAAUCUUAAAUAUUUAAGCUGUGAUAUAUCUGAUUGUGUGGCUGUUUUUUAUGUUUUUUUUUUAUAUAUAUUCUGCUGUAGCCAGCUUGCUUUUAUGUCUCCAGUGUUACCAAUAACACACUCCUGGAAUUAAUCAACUUUAUUUUACUAUUCUAGCAAAAAAAAAAAAAAAAAAAAUUAAAUACAAUUAAAGAGAUAAAUAAACUGAGUCUUGUAUCUAUUGAAAAAUAUUUCAUUGCUAGUAUUAAACAAUAUAGAGUAAAAUACAAGUGGCAAGAUGGAUCAGUUUCCAUUUGUUGUAGUUUUUUUUUAUUAGUAUAUUUAUGAUGAGAUAUGAAAACUAUAUAUAACUUGUUUCAAUUCUGUACAUCUUUUGCAUUAGCAAUUGGUAAUUUCAUUAUAAAGAAUCUGAAUGAGCUAUCAAGUCUAUUACCUUUAUACAGCAAAUUGUAAGAAAGUGAGAUUUAAACAAAUUGUUUGGCCAUUCUUUUCUAAUUUCUCAGGAAGAAAUCCUUAUUUUUAAAAUAAAGAUUUAAAUUUUUUUAAUUACUUCUGCAAAUGUAUGGAUUUCUGGCUGGCUAUUUCAUUAUUAAUGACUCCUUAAUCUAUGAGUUCUCACUUAUUUCCUCCAAAUAGAAAAUAUUAUUUGUAGUAUUCCUUCUCCUUCCACUUUAAGUCAGUGAUUUUGUAGAUAAAGCUUAAGUAUAUUCUUAGAAUGUCUGGUACCCUGUUGAUUUUUUUUAGGUAUGUAGCAAAACUUGAAUUCUGCAUUGUUAUUGACACCCUAAUUUUGCAGUGAAGUAGAACACUGCUUAACUCCUUUGAGAUACAGUGUUUUGGUAUGUGUAGCCAAAAAGACCAAAAUGUUUUUUCUGUUACAAUUGGAAAUGAUGGGUGCAUGUAGAAAACAAAGGAUAAAGUGCCCAAAACUACUUUAUUAUAUAAAACUAUAUUAUAUAGUUUUAUAUUAUAUCUACUGAAAGACAAUCCCUGAUUGGCUAUUAUGCUUCAAAACAUUUGUUUCAUGAGGCCAAUGGGUCAGUGAAAUUUCUUUUUAUUUACCGUUUCAUUUAAGAAGGGAAAAAGUGCAUUUAAAUGUGCACAAUGCAGGGGUGGCAGCACCAAUGAUAUUAUAUACAAAGCAAUAAUCUUCAUGUCAACACCCUGACAGCUUAUUUACUCACCAGCUGCUUGCAAACUAAAGUCACGUGUACUUUUAAUAUAUUGCUUAAUAUCUAGUCUGCUCACAAACACACUGAGAAAGUGGAAGUGUUUUUCUGGGUUAAAUGAGUUUUUUUGUCUUCGCUACUAUAUAUUUUUCUGUAUUGUAUCUAAAAUAUACUCAACUGCUAUACUAAUUAGUUGGGAUUUUGUGCCACUUUGCAUGCAUUCGUACUGCUCUCUCUUUCGUAAAGUACAUUAUUCUAGUAACCUCAGUGUCUUAUACUUGAGAACAUAUGUUGGUCUUUAGGUACUAUUAAAUAGGAUUGUACUAAUAAAGCUGUUCCAACAACACCUUAAGUUAAAGAAAUUGAAGUAAAAGGAGGUAGGAAUACUCUAGUUUCAAGUAUCUUGGGUACUUGUGAGUCAUGUCUGUGAUGUAAAUCAUAUUCUUGCUUACUCUGCUCAUGAUAGUCAUAAGAAAGACAUGGAUAUCACAACAUACUGCAGGAUGACAAUAGUAUCAGCUUGGGUUGUUUCCAUAUACUUUAAUCACUAAGAAAAUGUAAUUGCAUACACUGGUAAUAAUGCAAACUUGAUUGGAUAUUGAACUAAUAAAAGAGGAAGUUAGUAUCUGGAAUAUGUAACUGUUAGAACAAUCUCUCAGAAAUUUACUCACAGUUUGGGUGUAGGUAAGCAUAAACAGGUUCAGGAGAGGCUGUUGAUAAAUAAGUUAUAUACAGACCAAGCUGCCUUAUUUUUCUUGGGUGGUAGACUUAAACCAUUGCUUGGCUUAAUACCACUCCCUGACUCUUGAGGUUUUUAAACAGUCCCAUAUUGUUGCAAGCACUCAAACCAGAUCUAUGGUUUGAGAAAAUUCUCUGUUUUGAGGGGUUCUGGAAAGAGACAUGAGUGCUGCCUUUUUGCAAGAUUAAAGAAAUUCUUGACUUAUUUAUUUUUAGUAUUGACUUUUUAUUUUAUCAAAUUAAGUUCGUUUUAGGAGCCAAUUUAUUAAAUUCCCUUGUUUAGUAAUACUAAGCACAAGUGAAAUAAAUUGCUGAAUAUUAAGAUAUUUAUAACAAACUUAUUUAAGUUUAGUGAAUUAGUUUGUUCAGGACAUAAAAAAUAUGUAAAAGGAAAAUUUAGUUUCUCAGUUGAACUUUUAGAUGUAAUACAUGAAAAAACAAAAAAACAUUCAACCUUUGAAACAUUCCUCUUCCUUAUAUUCUUAUGGCAUAUACUCAUCAUUAAACUACAUUAGCAGAUGACCACACUCUUCUGUCAACCAGCAUAUCUUUCAUAAAUGUCUGGUGGUUUGGCCAUUGGUAGAAUUUUGAAUUCCUUGGCACAAUUUAAAAGUUAAACAAAGUGCUAAUACAGAUACCGUAAGACAUUGCUUCCUGUCUGAAACUCUUGCAUUUCUGCCAAUCCAUCAAUUGGUCAGGGAUUUAUCAAUCCUGAAAGCAUGAACAGCCAAGUUGACCUCUAGGAUUUCAACUUUGUUGAAAACUGAAACAGCUACCCAACAACAUUUUCACCAAUCUUCUGAAGACUGCUAAUAUACUGACAAUGAAGUGAUGCAUUUGUUGAAAAAUGAUUCCAAAUUGCCAUUGGUGCCAAAGUGUUUAAAUUCAGUGAAACAUGUUCUGAUUAAUUAGCAAAAUUUUCAUUUAACUCUGUAAUUAUUAUAAAAAUAUUGUUUUAAAUAAGUAUGAUUUAAUUAGUAUUUUAGUAUUAACAAUGUCAAUUAUAACCUUUUAAAUAUUAUGUAUUUAGUAUUAAAACAGAAAAGAUGAUAGAUGUAAAACAGUAUUUGUAAAUCCAGUAGUUUGCUGACUCAUUAAGAGGAAUAAUAAAGACUGAUGUCCUAAGUUUAUGACACUUCAGUAAUAGAGUGCAAUGCAAAAUAGGAUUUUUUUUUUGUUGUUUUUUUAAGUAUCACUCAGUAGAAACUUCAUAUAUGCUUCCAUCUUGUAUCUAACAAGUUUAAUUAGAACUGCAAUGGUUCGCUUAAUAAGUUUCUAUUAUAAAUAACUACUUUUGAAGUGUUGUGAAAUAUAGACUUAGCUUAUAUCAGCUUGAAAGUACAGAACUUCACUAAAGCAUGCUAAGAACUUAUUCACAAGUUCUCACUGUUCCUAUUCAUAUCUCUAUGUAUAUAAAGAGGUUUUUAAAAUAAAAACUGGCAUGAAAGAAACUCAUCAUUCUCCGGAAAUAUGAAGAUUUAUAAGUUAUUUCAGUUUUUUUUUUUGUUUUUUUAAAUUUCUAUGAGCUGCCUAGCAAUGCCCCCCUCUCUGCCUUUACGCAUGCUCCAUUAAUCCCCUUCAGUAUUAUUGUAACAAGUUUAAAUAUCUUGUUCAUUUGUCUUUGAGUAACAAUGAGCAACCUUUGCCCACAACUCUAAAACACUGCUUUGUUUGUAAUUUCUUUAUUCUCAGUUUCUAUUCUUGUCUACUGCUUCAGUUUCUUUUCUUGUUUGCUGCCUCACAGACUUGUUUGGGAAGAUUUUGUAAAUUUAAACUGUCUCAUUUUUGUAUGAUAGUUCAGACAAAAUAAAAUUUGUAUUCAGAUAUUAACUUUGGUAUAAAUCAAUCUGCAUAGCUCUCAAUCAUCAAUCUGAGUUGUAUUUGAUAUAAAUCAAAUCACAUAGCUCUUGGUCAUCAAUCAAUGUUAUAUUUCUUCUAUUUUAAGGUUGCAGUAAUCAUUCUAAUAUGUCCAUGGUGGACUUAAAACACAGAAGCAAUUAAAACUUUUUCCAAUUCUUUUUUAAGUGUAACAUGACCAUCAUUAAUUUAUGAUUUUUGUUUUAAGUUCUGUUUGUUAUAUUUUUGUUGGUUUGGUCUUGUUUAAAAAUCUUUAUAAUUAUUUCCAGUGUUAAUUUGGAUGAAUUUAUUAUUCACAAUAAAAGAUUUCUUGUCAAUAUUUUGAUUUGUGUAAAGAAAAUUCUGAUCCAUUUUUUUUUCCAUGCUUGUUUUUCUUUUUGUAUGAGCAGGUAUUGUAAUUUAAAACUGUGCUCCCUUUCUCUGUAAAACCUAACCCAAAACACCUAAGGGUUAGUUUACAAUUUACUUUGGCUUGCUAACAGACAUGGCAAGAAGGUUGUGAUAAGCAUCAUAUUCACCUAUUACUCACAAUACAUUCUAAAUAAAUAAACAAACACACACACACAUUCCAUUCCUGCAAUGGAAUUGAUUAACUGGAGAACAGUAUAUUAACUUAGUAAAUGUAAUCACUGAGCAAUUAUAUUUGCAAAUAUGUGAUUGAUUUAUAACUGAAAAUUCAAAUUUAAUGAUAAUUUUACAUAAAAAUGUAACAUUUAAUCUGUAGUUUUCUCAUUUUCUGAAGACUAUUUUGAUAUAUUGAACCAGAAAGACAAUGUAAUAAAGCAGCUUUAUUUUGUAUUCUUGGCCUUUUAUUUUCGUUUCUUUUUCACAUAUUGCCAUCCAAAUGACAUUUUUUAUAAAAUUACAGCCAUUGAUGUUUGUUUUUUUAAAUUUUUUUUUACCACCAAAUAAGAGAAAAUACAAAAAUACCUUGCAAAAUUGAUUAAUCUUUUUUUCUUUUUUGCUUUAACUAUUUUAAAUGUUUUUAAAAAUAUUUAACAAAAGACAAUUUUCUACAUACCAUGACUGUUUGACUAUGAAUUUAAUUGUUGUAAAUCACAAGAAAUACUGCUGCUAUGUUGUCAUUCGCUGUUCAUUUUCUGAGCUUUAAAUGAAUAUUUUCUUUCUGAAAUAACCAGAAACACAAAGGAAAGGAAGGAAAAUUUGAUUGUAUAUUUUGCUUAAAUAAAUGUAUUAUCUUAA